AUGUUCAAGAAAUUCACCAAAGAAGAUGUUCACACCAGAACUAAUAUCAAAUCAUCAGUGCAAAGAGGUUUGAAAACUAAAUUUGUCUCACAAUUUGAUGAUCUAGAGCCUGUUAUUGAUGAUAUCAUACCGAAGAAAUCUCAAGUUGAAUUGUUAAAAUGUGAAGACAAAAUCCAGCUAUACAUUUCUGAUAACGAAGUUGUCUUCUUCCAACAAUUUGAUGAAUUAAUUCCAUCAUUGAAAAUCAUUCAUAAAUAUGCAUCAGCGUUCCCUUCUGUCAAAGUUGAUAGAGGUGCAAUCAAAUUCGUCCUAUCUGGUGCUAAUAUCAUGUGUCCAGGUUUAACUUCUAAAGGUGCUGGUUUACCAGAUGCUCCAGGUCUUGAGGAAAAUACAAUUGUUGCUAUUUAUGCUGAAGGUAAAGAACAUGCUUUGGCUAUCGGUAAGUUGAUCAUGGGUACAGAGGAGAUUAAGUCAGUCAACAAAGGUAUUGGUAUUGAAUUAUUACAUUACUUGGGUGAUGGAUUAUGGAACUUCCACGCUGAAUAA